GUCGACUGGAAUAUCCAGAAAGAACCUGCGAUUCGCUUCAUUGAAGAGUACCUUCAUCGGCAGGAUCGAUCGUAUUAUCUGUCGAAGAGCCGACUGGAGAUUGCCAAGAAAAAGGCAGCACAAGGAGCGGCCAAGAACGCGGAAGCGCGACGGAAGUCAGCUCCUUCUAGGGAGCAACUUCUAGUACAGGAAAAGCGUCGAAAGCUCGAAGCUACAAAUACAGGAGAUCAUGCAGGAACAACUGAACUGCCGAAGAAAAGAAAGAUAUUAGCCUCAACUGCAAAGCAUCCUCCUGCGACGUCUUCCUCGGCUUCGUCCUCUUCAGGUUCAGGCUCUUCUUCGUCUUCAUCAUCAUCUUCAGGCGUCGCUGCGUCGUCAGCUGCUUCGUCAGCGGCUUCGGUAAUGGCACCAACAGCCGGAAAGUCUACGGCAAAGACAAGCACUGCAGCUCGUGUCAAUAGCAACGUCAACACUUCUACUACAGAUGCUCUAGGUCCUCCGCCCUCUUCUAGUAUU